AUGCACUUCCUGUCUUUACUUACUGCUCGACGAAUGCGAACUUUUGAAGAUGCUCACGAGGUUUCCAUAAGUGGUACUGGUCACAAUGACAGUCGCAGAUUUAUGAGGGAGGGCAACGAACUCGAGUUGCAAAAUACAGAACAGUUUGUGUCUACAGGUAAUGAAAUAGGCCAACAUAUCGAAAUUGUUGGCGUUACGAUUGAAAAUCGCGUUCGGCCGCGGGCACGGCUUCCAAGGGGGGUUGUCGUCGUGCCACACGAGGAUGAAAGAGUAUAUAUAGACUUUAGAAAGUUGCCUGAGGUCCCUGAGGCAGAACCGCCACCACCGACCGAGGAAGAGCUACGCCGCAUUAUGGAGGAAAAAAACCGUGUGGCAUCUCCUGAGUUCUAUGGUCGUUCUGAGUACAUCGAGCGGCACGGUUCUGGACGAAGUACACCACAACAUCUCUACUCCAACUCCUUUUCGUUCAAACAGGGAAAUCACCGAGCUAGCACCGGGUUCUACGCGGGUAGUGUGAGCAGUUCAUGUAGUGUGCGGAGCCAUUACGAGCCCACAACCCCGUAUGCGGUAUCCCUACAGAAUUUCUUAGAGCAUUACCGUCAAAGACAACAGUCCGAGAAUCUAUUUAUAGGCUCCUUCCGAGAGAAUGGUGUUCAGCGUGAAAGCAGUCUAAACAAUAGUCAAAACAUAGUUUACCCUGCGAUGGAAAGCACUUCCGACGAGUUUGACGAUAGUGGUUCUGACAGGGGAGGUUCAGUACGACAGGCGAUCUGCGCCACAACCUGCGAGGACGAUGCCUCUCGGCAAUGGCAGCUAGUUCGUCAUGGGCUGGAACCAAAUGGUCACCCCGAACCCACCGAGAACGUCCCACAUGGAAUCAUCGGAGGGCAUUACUCCCCCUCUUACAGAAACAUCUCCCCGGUGACACGAAGUGGCAGUACCUUGUCCUCGUCCAACGCAUUCGGACCGAGCCGUGAGGUGCCGAAGGGGAACCACCCCUCGAUUGACCUCCGCACGGCACUACUUAACCUUAGCAGCACAGAAAACGAUGUCAGCGGGAACUCGCCAAGAGGGGGUGGGCGCAACCGCGGCGGCGGCCCAGCGACCGGAGAGGGCGCCGGGCGACAAUCCCCGACAUCGCGAUCGACGCGUGGCGUUUGUCCGAACGCUGCUGGGGGUGUAGAAAAGCCGCCUAGUGAGGGCUACGCCGGGGCCAGUACGCCCCUCUCUGGGGCUCGUGGUAGUCAUGUGGGGGGUGCCCCUCUCAGCUCUACGCCGCGGCUGGAGGGGCGCUCUCCACACGCUGCACCCCCUCGGCGCUCCACCUAUUGCGCGGGGAGUCGUUUACCUUCUCCCGUCCUGAGCGCGUCGUCUCUGGAGACGAUCAUCGCCCUCCAAGCCAAAAGCAGCGGCCGCGUCAGCAGCUCCUGA